CGUUGCAGCGGGCGGUGCAGCAGGCGGUGCAGCAGCCGGACCAGGGGUGUGUCAUAACGGGGAGUGUCCCAGUCUGUGGUCCCGGUCCAUAAACAGAGACUCGACGCCUCUCUCUGCCCCGCUGCAGCAAGACGCGCUCACUCCGGCUCUCUCAGGUCCAGACCAGUCCGUCCCUUCGUCUGUAUACCCGAUCACAACCGUUCAGGCAGGAUGGCAGCUCACCACCCAGAGUUCGAGCGGGCCGGACAGAAUCCAGGCCUCCAGAUAUGGAGGGUGGAGAACUUCGACCUGGUGCCCGUCCCAGAGAAACUGUAUGGGGGAUUUUACACUGGAGACGCCUACCUCGUCCUCAACACCAUCAAGCAGCGCUCCGGGAACCUGCAGUACGACCUCCACUUCUGGUUGGGUGAUCUUUGCAGCCAGGAUGAGAGCGGCUCAGCGGCCAUCUUUACGGUACAAAUGGACGACUUCCUUGGAGGGAAACCCAUCCAGUACAGAGAGGUGCAGGGAUACGAGUCCAAAACCUUUCUUGGCUACUUCAAGUCUGGAAUCAAGUACAUGAAAGGGGGCGUUGCAUCUGGUUUCAAGCACGUGGUUACCAAUGAGGUGGUUAUGCAGCGGGUGCUUCAGGUCAAAGGCCGCCGAGCUGUCAGGGCAACAGAGGUGGCCGUCAGCUGGGACAGCUUCAACCAGGGAGACUGUUUCAUCCUGGACCUGGGAGAUGAGAUCUAUCAGUGGUGCGGCUCUCAGAGUAACCGCUUUGAGAAGCUGAAGGCUACCCAGGUGGCUAAGGGUAUCCGUGAUAACGAGCGCAGCGGGAGGGCCCGAGUGUACGUCUGUGAAGAGGGGGUGGAGAGAGAGAAGAUGAUAGAGGUUUUGGGACCUAAACCAGAUCUGCCUCCAGGAGCCUCAGAUGACAUCAAAGCUGAUGCUUCAAACAGGAAGAGAGCCAAACUCUACAAGGUAUCUAAUGCCAACGGGGGCAUGACCAUCGCACUGGUGGCCUCAGAGAACCCGUUUGCACAGAGCGCCCUGGAGUCUGGAGACUGCUUUAUCCUGGACCAUGGCUCUGACGGCAAGAUCUUCAUCUGGAAAGGCAAAGACGCCAACAUGGACGAGCGAAAGGCAGCGAUGAAAGCAGCUGAUGAGUUCAUCAAGAAGAUGGGUUACCCUAAACACACUCAGGUGGAGAUCCUGCCUGAGAUGGGCGAGACGCCGCUCUUCAAACAGUUCUUCAAAAACUGGCGGGACAAAGAUCAGACCGUGGGCCUGGGCAUCGCCUACAUCGCUAACAGCAUCGCCAAGAUCGAGAAGGUGCCGUUCGACGCCUCCAGCCUGCACGAGUCUGCUGCCAUGGCCGCCCAGCACAACAUGGUGGAUGACGGCACCGGAGAGAAACAGAUCUGGCGUAUUGAGGGAUCCGACAAGGUGUCAGUGGACCCGUCCACGUAUGGACAGUUCUUUGGAGGAGACAGUUACAUCAUCCUUUACAACUACCGUCAUGGAGGACGUCAGGGACACCUCAUCUACAUGUGGCAGGGAAUGGACUCCAGUCAGGAUGAGAUCGGGGCCUCUGCCAUCCUCGGCGCCCAGCUGGAUGAGGAGCUUGGCGGUGGUCCUGUGCAGGUGAGGGUGAUGCAGGGCAAGGAGCCAGCUCACCUGAUGAGUCUAUUUGGAGGACAGCCCAUGGUGGUCUACAAGGGAGGAACGUCCCGAGAGGGAGGUCAGUCCGCUCCUGCAGAGACUCGACUCUUCCAGGUGCGCUCCAACUCUGCAGGACACACCAGAGCGGUGGAGCUUGACGCUGCGUCCUCCAACCUGAACGCCAAUGAUGCCUUCGUUCUGGUGACCCCUGGUGGCUCCUUCACGUGGGUGGGAGUGGGUGCCAGUGACACCGAAAAGCAGGGAGCCCAGCAGCUGUGUGACAUCCUGGGCGUGUCGACAUCUGAGCUCUCUGAGGGAGGAGAAGCUGAUCAGUUCUGGGAGGCUCUGGGAGGAAAGACAGAAUACCGCACUUCCACCAGACUCAAGGACAAGAUGGAUGCUCAUCCACCCAGACUCUUCGCCUGCUCCAAUAAAACCGGGAACUUCAUUAUCGAGGAGGUGCCCGGGGAGAUGACCCAGGAAGACCUCGCCACUGAUGAUGUCAUGAUCCUGGACACCUGGGAGCAGGUGUUUGUCUGGAUCGGAAAUGAAGCGCAGGAGGAGGAGAAGACUGAAUCGAUGGCUUCUGCUGCCCGAUACAUCGAGACAGAUCCGGCUAACAGAGACCGCAGGACACCCAUCGUCAAGAUCAAGCAGGGCUUUGAGCCGCCAACCUUCACCGGCUGGUUCCUGGGCUGGGACCACGAGUACUGGACCAGCGACCCUCUGGAGCGCGCCAUGGCUGAACUCGCCCUGUGACACCUCAGCUGGCUCCCCCCUUGCCUAUCUCCUUACCUGUGACCUCCCCCUUGCUCUUGCAAGCAUUGAGCUCUAUCACAAGACUUUUUCAGCUGCAAUACACCCUGAAAAUGAGAGGGUUUCUUUUUUACUUCGAGGGAUACAGGUUCACCUUGUCUCACAGGCUACAUUGAUGCUUUUAAAUCUGUUAUUAAGGCAGCCAAUAGAAACAGAGUUUUAGCAGAAGAUAGACUUCCUGUAGGGUUUUGCACUAAAAAGAAUCUACUUGUUUAACUUUCAUCAGACAAUCUUUCUCAUUUGUUUCAUACUUUGAUUUUAAAACCUGUUAACUAGUGAAAUGAAGUCACAAAAACACAUGCAAUGACAGUUUAAAGUCUUGGUGUGCUGAAAGGUCGGAAAACUCACUGCCAGGAAAACACAGCUUUCAAAAAACAACACAACCAAUGCCUUAAUAAUCUCUCCUUUAGUCUAAAGCAACCCUGAUUCUAAUGAAGGUACUGUUCUAAUUUUAGGAUGGCUUACAGGCAGGCUGUCUGCACCUUUAGUGAAGAUGCCUUUUAUCAUAUUUAUUAUUUUAGAACACAGAUUCAUGCCCUGGAAGCUUGUGUGAUGCUGUACUAACCAACUUCAUCGGGAAACCAACGCUUUGCUGCUUUUCAAACCAAACCUUCUCAAACUGGUCGUGUCGUCUGUGGCACCGUCUAGAGGUUUCCUUGACACCUUGUUAUCAUCAUUUCAAUAAAACAAAUGAAACGUGAA